AUGGAUGAGCCAGAGAACAAAGUUAGUCAAAUCUUGGAUGAAUUGCUAUCUGGUAAUUUUGAAGAUCUGGAAGGGGAUGCAGCAGUCAGUCUUUUACAGAAGCACUUGCAGAUCAAACCCAUUGAUCUAGAGAAGUUAACUCUCCCAGACUUGAGAGGUUUUCAAAAGAUCAAUGCGAAAUCUUCAAGGAAAAACAUGCCAAAGCCUCGGAAUACUCUAAUGGAUAUAGAAAGCUCUAUUCAUCACCUAGCUUCACCAACACCCUCAAGAAGUCCAUUUGCUCCAUUAUCAUUAUUACAGAGACGACUUUUGCAGUCGAAGCCCUCAAGUGAUCCAUUUUCAGUUCCUGAUUUUGGGGAAGUUGACAUUGCAACUGCUAAAACAGGUUCACCUGAGGUGGCUAGUGGAGAUUUUACUUGUACAUCUCAAACAGUUGUGCAAGGUAAGUCAAGGAGACUUUCUGUUGGAGUUGAUAUCAGUUCAAGUGGAACUUGUGUUGGCAAUUUGGAUAACGUUGGAGGCACUAAUAUGGAUAAUGAAGUUAUCGAUGAGCAAUUCAGUGAGCAUGAUGCUAAUAUUUAUCCGCACUCAAAUGGAUCCAAUAACUUGGAGGAAAAGGUGGAAGACAUGCUAGGAACUGUGGAAGUAGUGGCUUCUCAAACGCCCAAUCGUAUCAUGGCUGACUCAAGUGAGGAAAAACUCAAACUACAUUCAGACUUCAUUGUUUAUGAUUACAUUUAUCUGUUUUCGCGUUAUGAUAAAUACUUGUGA